CAUAUUAAAGCAUGUUCUCUGGAGGCUGCACAUUUUAAGCCAUGACAGAGUAUGUCAAAACCACAGCAGGUGAAGGUCACAUCGUUCUUUAUUGUGCACAUUUGAGGCAAGUACGCUACUACUGAAGAGGAAUUCGAUCAUUUUUAUCGGUCAGAUGUUAAUUCUCACCCAUUUAAAAGAAGUUAGACAGGGUCAGUCUGACCAGACAUAGAAAUGAAGAACCACCCCACCUCUUUAAUUUACGUACGCUCUUAACUGGAGCACAGUUCAGUUACAAUCAUUGUAGUGGGGGAGUCUGACUGUACGCACAAUGGUGAACUUUACCUUGAUACCAGCCUUACUCUGCACCUUCAGUUGGAUCUCUGUCUCAGUCUCUGAGUUUUACACAGUGGAGGUUGAGCUUGGUGAAGGAGCCACACUGCUGUGCUCCAACUUUAGCAGUUCACCCGUAAAUAUACUCUGGUUCAAACUGGUCAAUGGAGUCGAUAUCACCCGCAUUUCUUCUAUAUCCAUCUCUGGAAAUAUUUCGUUUUAUGAUGGAUUUGACACUGGCAGAUUUAAUAUGACAUCCAACACCACCACUCUCUUUCUGAACAUCAAACCUGUGGAUUCAUCUGACUCUGGGCUGUACCUCUGUGGAUUUUACAAUGGAAUCGGCUCAAUAACUGUCUCACGGAUGGCUGCAAAUUUAAAGGUUCAAGUAGACGUGCCAACUGAUGAGUUUACAAAUGUGACGACUGUGAUCCUGGCCGGUGUAACAGUUUUCCUUCUUAUUGUCGUCAUAUGUCUGGUCGUCAAAAUCUGGACACUUUAUACAGCUCAGUCCGAGGACGUGAAUCCACAACACACUGAGAACGUGGGCUCUGAUUCUCUCAACUACGCAGCUGUGAGUUUCCAUCCCAAAGCAAAGAGCAGCAGAAGGCCUGCAGCAGAGAGAAAACUGGAACCACAUGUAGUGUACUCUGCCACAAGAUAGACUCAAAAUAACUCAACUCAUGCUUUAUCACAGUGAGCUGCUUGUGGGUCGUUUGUGUUGCUGGUGGACGAGAGACUACUGUGAUGCCAUUAAAAAAAAGAAAAAAAAAACAAUGUAAUUUUGUAAUAAAGAUUUUGUGUUUGUGCCAUCUCUACCAUUUCAGUUAAUAUGAAAGACAUUAGAUGGAGGUGGAGUCACUUAGGUCUGUGAUGUCAGGACAGAUCAUCUUUUAGUGUGAGAGAGUGUCUGCUGUCUGUAGAGAAUCAGAGAGAUCGGAGUCUAAUGUUGACAGGAAGACUGUGGUCUGACUACCACUCAAAGCCACAAGGCCACUCUGACAAACACAGAAAUGCAACAGUUUUAAAUAGAUUUUGAGAAAAGUAAAGAAGAAAAAAAAAAACAUUUAAUCACCUAGUGUCCUCAUUUGUAUGUUAAAUACGCACCAAAUACUAUAAUGCAUUCCACUGUUAGCAUAAAGGAGUGCAACAUACCAACAAUAUGAAUGAAUGAAUAUCUUCAACCACAGGAAAGCUAACC